AUGCCCCAAAAGGAAUCGUUGGUGAAUGUACAAACACAGAUGGAGGAAAAUGAAAUGGGAUUGAGGAGAUAUACAAAUGAAGAUCAAAUUAAUGAAAAUAAUAAUUCUGUUGAAGUUGUAAAUGUAAAUGCUACCUCCAAAGACCGUCCGCUGAAAAGGUUAAUUUGUUGCUGUAAUUCCAAUGAAGUGGAAGGCUUAAAUGCUGAUGAAUUUCCAGAAGGAUGCAAAAAACGCCCAAAAUUGCUUUUGGAAAAUGAAGAACAACAACGUGAUAAAAACCAAAACAAAUCAUUAACGCCACCUUCACCAAAAAUAAACAAAGAAGAUAAAGAAAAGAAGAAAAAGAGGGAAAUAAUAUUGUAUCUGGAAGAAGAUGAAGUGGUUCAAGUAAUGAAAAUGAACCAGUUGUUGGCACUCAUGACUUCAAAAAGAGAUUGAACUUCUGCCUCUAAAUUUCUUUGUGAUCAUUUUAAUGAAUUUUCUGUCCGUCCAUUAAUUCUUUGUUCUUCUGAAGAGGCUGUUGCGCGUGUUUCUAAGGUUGAUUAUGUUAAAGGAAUCCACGACUCUGACUCACUCAUUCAACGUAUAACUGAUUUAAGCAAAAAAGAACGACGUGCAAUUUUUCCUGAAUAUUGGACUCAAGACAAACGUUUGGAUGGAUUGUCUAAAGAGAAUUUGAAAAAUGGAAAAUUUCAGAUUUCUCCCGAAAAUUAUUUGGAGGCUUUUGCUGAAUUUGAUAUGGAGGAUCAAUGGUUUGUCCAGGGUUUUUAAAUAUGAAUAGACCAGUUCACGGAGACGUUGUUGUAGCCAAACUUCUGCCAGAAUCUGAAUGGACCGCUCCAGAGAAAACUAUUUGAUUAAGAGACGCUGUGGAAAACCAAAACGAGGGAGAUAAUUUGCCUGCUGCUGAUGGGUAAGAGGAAAUUGAUCAAUACGAGGAUUUGGAGGUUUUUUAUUUAUUGAUUUUAACCAGUGCUUGUUUAUGAGCAUUUUGUGGCUCCGGCAAAAAAAAAACUUUUUUUCAAACUUUGGCUCCAUGUUCUAGCUCCUGGUUUCGGCUCCGGGCAUUUUAAAAUUCUUAGCUCCGCUCCCGGGCCAUGCCCAGCAUUGUUUUCAACCCUAUUUUCUUUCUAUUCUUUUUUCAGGUUUUACCCUCAGCACGUAUUGUUGGCAUUCUACGACGAAAUUGG